GUUUCCUUCAGACACUCCCAGUUUUUUAAGGCCCUGCGUGAACCGAGCAGUCCCUGGACACUCCCUGAAGUCUGGGGCUCAGCACACAGAGCCAGCCUGACCAGCCUGUAUGCGUCUCUCUGGACCUUCUUUAAGGCCAGCCGUCUGGGGUGCUACCCCCAGUAUCUGAGGCCCUCCCUGGGAGAACUCUCUCCAAGAGUGUGGCCAACUCUGGAAACCAGUGGCAUUUUUAGCCUCAGCCAAGCCUGACUGAGAUCCCUGUGGAAAUCUGUACUUUUGGCAAAACCACAUUGGCAUGUGUCAAGGGAGAUGGAUUCUCACCAGAGCUCACGUCUCCAGGAUGACCCGGAUCUCAAAGUGAUGAUGGCAGGGUCAACUCUGAGGAAAGUCAAGUCACGUUCAUGGAAGAAGCAAAGACAUUUCCGCCUCCUCGAAGAUGGUCUGACCAUCUGGUACAAGUCCAGAUGGGCAGGGAGGGGCCACUCCACAUUCUCAGUGAGUGAGGUGGAGGCGGUGCGUGAAGGCCACCAGUCAGAGGUCCUGCUGAGCAUCGCUGAUGAGUUCCCCGCUCACCUCUGCCUCACCUUGGUGUUUCAUGGUCGCCAAGGCAACCUGGACCUGGUGGCAGAGUCCCCAGAGGAGGCACAGGCCUGGAUCAGGGGCGUGCGCAAAUUAAUCCAUAAGGCUGAGACUAUGGAUGAGAAGGAGAGGCUGGACCAAUGGGUCUUGGACUGGUUUCAGAAAGCUGACAAAAACAAGGAUGGCAGAAUGAACUUCAAGGAGGUGCGAAAACUGCUGAAGAUGAUGAACGUGGAAAUGAACGAGGAGCACGCUUUCCAUCUCUUCACGAUGGCUGACAGGUCAGAAAGCGGCUCUCUGGAAAUUGAGCAGUUUGUCCACUUCUAUAAGAUGCUGACCCAGAGAGAUGAAGUGUGGAAGGUGUUCCAGGAGUACUCUGGAGAUGGAGAGAAGUUAACCUUGGAGGAGCUGGAGAACUUCCUGACGCAGGAGCAACAGGAGGGAGAGUGCAGUGGACAGCAUGCCCAGGAGCUGAUGAACCGCUACGAACCAUCUGAAACAGCCAAGAAGCAAGGUGCCAUGUCUUUAGAUGGCUUCCAGAUGUACCUGUGCUCACAGGAGGGCUCCAUAUUUAAACCUGAGCACCGGCAGCUCCACCAGGACAUGAGCCAGCCGCUCAGCCACUACUUCAUCUCCUCCUCACACAACACCUACCUGCUGGAGGACCAGCUGCGAGGACAGAGCAGCCUGGAGGCAUACAUCCAGGCCCUGAAGAGAGGUUGUCGCUGCGUAGAGGUGGACUGCUGGGACGGCAGUGACGGGGAACCUGUUGUGUAUCACGGUCACACCUGGACGUCCAAGAUCCUCUUUAAAGACGUCAUUGCAACAGUCAAGGAAUAUGCCUUCAAGACAUCAGAUUUCCCCGUCAUCCUGUCCCUGGAGAAUCACUGUUGUGUGGAGCAGCAGACCGUCAUGGCCCAGCACCUUAAACAAAUCUUGGGUGACACACUACAAAGGACCCUGCUGGAUGGGCAGGUGCCUGAGCAGCUCCCAUCUCCACAGGAACUGAAGGGGAAAAUUCUGCUUAAAGCCAAGAAGAUUGGCCGUCUAGAGGAAAGUUGUGAUGGCACCGUGACAGAUGAGAUGAGUGAUGAGGAAGACAUGGCCAACGGUGAUGCUGACAACCCCUGUGCAGAACAACCAUCUGCUGAGAGACAGAAGAAAUCCAAAUCAAAACUGUCCAGUGAGCUGUCAGACUUGGUGGUUUACUGCAAGAGCAUCCACUUCCAUGGUUUUGAGCACGCCCGUUUGCACUCCAAAUGCUAUGAGAUGUCCUCUUUCUCCGAGUCCAAGGCCAAGAAGCUUGCUAAGGAUGCAGGGACGGACUUUGUGCAAUACAACACAAAGCAACUGAGCAGGAUCUACCCCAGUGGCCUGAGGACAGACUCAUCUAACUACAACCCCCAGGAGCUGUGGAGUGUUGGGUGCCAGAUAGUGGCUCUGAACUUCCAGACGGCUGGUCUAGAAAUGGAUCUGAAUGACGGGCUGUUCAGUCAGAACGGAUGCUGCGGUUACGUCCUCAAGCCUGAGUUUAUGAGGGACGGGAACACGACCUUUGACCCCGAGAAACCAGCAGAGCGGCGGGCCCCGAGACCACUCCGCUUCUCCAUCCAGGUGAUCAGCGGGCAGCAGCUUCCUAAGGUGAACCAGAAAGAGGGCUCUAUUGUAGACCCCCUAGUCAGAGUGGAGGUCUAUGGAGUGCCACAGGACCAGGCCAAAGCAGAGACCAAUUACAUUCACAACAAUGGUUUCAACCCCGUGUGGGAUGAGACGCUGAAUUUUGUGAUCAGCACUCCCGAGCUGGCCCUUGUUCGCUUUGUGGUGGAGGACUAUGACAAAGCAUCCAGGAACGACUUCAUCGGACAGUUCACCCUUCCAUUUACAUGCAUCCAAGCAGGAUAUCGUCAUAUACAUCUCCUGUCUAAAGAUGGAACGGCGAUUCCUCCCUCCUCCGUGUUUGUCAACAUCAGCAUCUCCGAACUCACAUGAAGAAAUCCAAACAUCAGAAUAUGAAUCAGGAGGCAGUCACAAAUUCAAAGUGUCAAAAACAAAAUCAAGCCAGUGCAUGAAUUUACUGAGGGUUGAGAAGAGCAUGCGUCAGUACUAGUAUGUGAUACUGGAGUAACACUAGGGUAAAAUAACUUACCAUAUUAGAGAAUUUCUCAACUAAAGAAAGGUGUAAUGGGAGCAGCAAUGAUUAACAAGUUAGAAAUCAAAGAAAACAAACUUGAUUUUCAACAUUUUUCACUUGUUUUGUCUAGUGACUCCAAACUGACACAGCUGUAUUGUUCAGUGAAAGACUCAAUCAGUCCAUAAAAUUAAUAUUGGUAGUGGUAAAAGUAGUGUUAAUGCUUUUCUAUGAGCUCAGCAGGAGCUAAAAAGGGGCCUUCUUGCUUUGAAUUUAAACAGUAUUACAUUUACAUUCCUGUGAGACGGCUACAGUGAGUUUGCUGUUGUUAUUGUUUCUAAAUGGAAAUGCUAAGCCUAACCCUAAUAUUAUCACUGAGGGUUCAGGUCAGUGGCUGUUGUGUGUUCUAUAAACUGUGGGGCCUGUAAAGCCUCUCGAGACUGUAAACAGUAAUUAAGGGCUAUAAAUAAACUCGAACUUCUCAUGGCAAAUCUUAAAUUUCAGUGUUCAGUCCUUUAUGGGUGUACUUUUAUACCCACAUAUUUAUACUACAAUUUUAAAAUUUCAUUUGUUAGCAAUGAGGGAACUCUGCAACAACUUUAAGGUUCACGUAAUUUUAAAAAGUAAAAUAAUACACUAUGCAAAAAUUGCCAAAUAUCAGUAUGCUAAACCAUUGAACUGCAUGAGUGAUUUAAUCCUGUUAUUGUAUGCACAUUUGAAGAGGUAUGUUCUGUAUAUACUGUAAAUCUGUGUAAAUAAAGGCCUGUAAAUAAAUGCAAUAAACACAUUUGAAUAAUGUUGGAACA